UUCUUUAUUAUAGGUGGGUGGUACGUCCUACGGGACUUUAACAUGGCCGACUUUAAUUACAAAACACUUCUCACUAAUCUUCACGUGAAAUAUGGGGCGGCUCCGUAUUUUAAAGUGACUGUGAAACCGAAUCCAUACACCCCAGGUAAAAAUGUUAUUGCUAUUUUUCCAUCUGGAUUAGGAUUACCCGACAAGAGCUACUAUUAUCAAGAUGAUGACAAUUUGAUUCAAACUGCAUACACGCAAUUCAUCAGGGACAUCAUUAUUAAUCUUAGUGUAACUAAGACGGAUGCGGAAAAGUUCAGUACUGAUAUGUUUUAUUACGAAAAGAGAAUAGCAGAAAUCACGCCUAAUUCAUUUGAAUUGAUGAAUAUGGUCAACACGUAUAAUUUAGUUAAACUUUCCGAAUUGCAUUACACGCUAUCAAUGUUACCGCUUCAAGAUAUUUUAGCAGCUUUAUAUCCAGACGCAAACAUUAAUGAAGACACUGACGUCUUGGUAUCAUCCCUGGACUAUUUACAAAAAGUUUCACAAAUUAUAUCUACCACUGAUAGAACUACCCUUAACAGUUACAUUAUGUGGACGUUAGUUCGUGAAUAUGUACCUUACUUAUCAACACCCUUUACAGCCUCGCUGAAUAAUUUUAAAAGAGACCUUUUGGGAAUAAAACGUUCAGUACCGCGCUGGGAAGAAUGUUCAAAUUUAGUUUAUAGAUUUGCUGGUUUAGCUGUGGAGAGUCUAUUCGGAAAAGAAAGAUCUCUUCGUAAUAAAACUGAAGUUGUUAAUCGAUUAUUUCAAUCCAUACGUAAUGCAGUAAAGGUUUACAUUGACAAAUACAGAGAAACGCCUGAUUUUUAUCAACAUUUAUCAAAAAAGAUUUCUGGACUUAAAAUUCAAAUUGGUUUACCAGAAUACGUAUUGAGUGCUAAUCACCUGAAGCAGUAUUAUAGUAAACUAAUCGUAAUAAAGACUAAUUUAUUCGAAAACUACAGACAUGGCAUUGAAUUCUUACGAAAAUUAGAAGGACAACGACUGGUAAAUUCAGAACCGGAGAAUGUACUUAUUGAUUACGCUUUAUCUCAACCCUUAUCCACAUCGUAUAUACCGUCAGAAAAUACCAUAUUUGUGCCUAGGGUUGUUUUAACUGAACCAUUCUUUGACACGAAAUAUCCAAGCUCCAUUUUAUAUGGAAGACUUGGUGUACAAAUAGCAAACUCUGUAAUAUCCAGUAUUACACCAUUCCAUAGCGGUUGGAGUUCAAAUCUAAAAUUAUUUCUGCCCGUUAACUUCAUAGUUAAUGAGUCCCUCAGGAUUUCUCAGGAACCACGAGACUGUCUCUCCAAAUAUUUUAUCGAAAAUAAUAUGGCUUCUGAUGUUUCGGCAACUGUAACAUCUCUUUCAGUGCUUAAAGAACUUUCUGCCAUAAAAUUCGCAUUUUUUGGAUUAAUAACUACAUUGCAAAAUGAAGAACACAUUCAUCAACCCACUUUGGAGGAAUUUGAAGACGACUCAUUAUUUUUCUUAACGUAUUCUCAGACGCGCUGUUCGGUACUUAGCACACAGCAAGACUUUUAUAUGAAAACAGUCGAAUUUGAAUUACCACAACAGUCAAUG